CCCCGAGCGGUGAGAGCGCGGCGGUGACACCAUGCCCCUGGAGGCCAUCCGCUACUCGCGGGGAUCGCUGCACAUCCUCGACCAGCUGCUGCUUCCCCAGCAGAGCCACUACGAGGCAGUGGACUCGGUGCACCGGGCCUGGGAGGCUAUCCGCGCCAUGAAGGUGCGCGGCGCCCCGGCCAUCGCCCUGGUGGGCUGCCUCAGCCUCGCCGUGGAGCUGCAGGCGGGCGCCGGGGGACCGGGACUCGCCGCGCUCGUGGACUUCGUGCGCGACAAGCUGAGCUUCCUCGUCACCGCCCGGCCCACCGCUGUCAACAUGGCCCGCGCCGCCCGAGACCUGGCCGACGCCGCGGCCCAGGAAGCCGAGCGGGAGGGCGCCACCGAGGAGGUGGUCCGGGAGAGAGUGAUCCGCUACGCUGAAGACAUGCUGGAGAAAGACCUCAGAGACAAUCGGAGUAUCGGGGACCUGGGAGCCCGCCACCUCCUGGAGCGGGUGGCCCCCAGGGGUGGCAAGGUGAUCGUGCUGACCCACUGUAACACCGGUGCACUGGCCACUGCUGGCUAUGGCACAGCUCUAGGUGUGAUCCGCUCGCUGCACAACCUGGGCCGCCUGGAGCACGCCUUCUGCACAGAGACCCGGCCCUACAACCAGGGAGCCCGGCUAACAGCAUUCGAGCUGGUCUAUGAGCAGAUCCCCGCUACCCUCAUUGCUGACAGCAUGGCAGCCACCGCCAUGGCCCACCGGGGCAUAUCAGCUGUCAUUGUGGGAGCCGACCGUGUGGUUGCCAAUGGUGACACAGCCAACAAGGUGGGCACCUACCAGCUGGCCAUCGCCGCCAAACAUCAUGGCAUCCCCUUCUAUGUGGCUGCCCCCAGCUCCUCGUGUGACUUCCGCCUGGAGACAGGCCAGGAGAUUGUCAUCGAGGAGCGCCCGGGCCAGGAGCUGACCGAUGUUAAUGGGGUCAGGAUUGCAGCACCCGGGAUUGGGGUUUGGAAUCCUGCCUUUGAUGUCACCCCCCACGACCUCAUCACCGGUGGCAUCAUCACAGAGCUAGGUGUCUUUACUCCCAAGGAGCUCCGGGCAGCCCUAAACACUACCAUCUCAGAGAAAGGGACUCUAGAUGGACCCCAGAUGUAAACAUCCCGGCUCUCCCUACCCUGCCCUCAUCCCCCGGGUUUUCUAAUAAAUGUCUUGAAUGGCCUUCCCAAAAGCUGACCUUCCUCCCCCAACCACACAUCUUCCUAGAGCAGGGAGAGCGGACAGGGCCUUGUAUGACUCUUUAAGAGACCAGCAGUAAACACCAAGGUCAAGGGUUCGGCCUUACUGGCCAGCCACCAAAAAAAAAAAGAGCCCAGCAGCUGAAGCCAGGCUCCCAAGUUCAAACCCCAGCUCUGCCACUUUUUCCACUGUGUGAUCCUGGGCAGGUGACUUCUCUGUGCCUUGGUUUCCUCAUUUAUAAAAUGGGUAUAAUACUAGUACCUCCCUCUUAAGGAUGCCAUCAGGGCUGGAACUAGGAUGACACCCUAAAUUUAAAAGGGAGACACCAAAAAAGCUCAGUCAAGAUAAAUAUUUUAAUGCAAUAUUUUUUAAAAAUCAGAAUUAAGGCAAAAGAAUGCACAACAAAAAAAAUCAAGAUUUUAAAUAGAGAAUGGGACUUUGUGUGCACUUGUACAACUUGAGCUUGAGCACCUCACACCUGAGGUUCCAAUAAAACUUUAUUUACAAAA